GGUCGUUUCCAUAGUAACACUUGUAGGAACACUGCAGCAGCUGUGUCAGUAACAGGUGACUGUUUCCUGUUUGUAAUAAAGCGUCUAUCUAGUAGUCUAGUUAGUGAAGUACACAAUAAAAUAAUUACACUUAUAGAGGAAUGAUGGCUGGAAGAGGGGGCUUGAAGAAACUGGACGUCAGCGUUUUAUCCGCUGAGCAGCAAGAGAAGCUGCGAGAGUUUAAGAUCAAAACGAGAAUCGACAACGAGAGGUAUUUGAGGUCGCACCCAGAGGUAGAUGUAUUGAUCGGCAACUUUCUGAGAGACGUGCUUCUGAAAAGGCCUGCUGACAUCCGUGAGUUUGCUGCAGAUCACUUCACCAACCCAAACCUUCAGGUGGUCAUCGGCUCCAAAAUGAAAAGAAACACUGACAUGGACUGAAACACAUCCACCACGCAACAUGCUGCUUCUUCUUUGGGCUUUUAACUGUGACACUAUAUACAACAACUAUAACUAUAGUCAAAGAACCUGCUGUAAGAAAUCAUCAUAAUGUGUUUUAUUCAAGAUGUAGAUGUCUCUAUAUAUUUGUACUAGAGUAUAUUUUAAUAGAAUUAAUGACAAUAUGCUUCAGUGAUUGUUUCUUGGAUGUCCUUCAGUAUGGGAUGCCUCAGCUGUUGUUUGGUUAUCUGAUACUGUACUGACGAUAUGAAAAGUGCAAAUCUCAAAAAGGAAUAUUAAAAUACUUACUCAUCCA